AUGGUUUUAACUUUGUUUACUCGUCGUGCUAUGGUCUCUUCUCCAAAAAGCAUUAGCGCUGUUAGAUUCUACUCUGAAGGCUCCACUGGUUCUUUCAGAGGCGAAGGUGCUUCUGACUCAUUUACUAAACGUGAAAAAGCAAAAGAAGAUUACUAUGUUAAACAACAUGAAAUUGAAAAAUUGGCUGCUUUAAGAAAUGAAUUAAAAAAACUUCAUAAAGAAAAAGACGAAUUAGAAGAAAAAAUCUUUGACGCAAAAGACAAAUAA